AUGCCAGCAAGGCGCAAAGAACAUAAACCAAAAGCUCUUUCCAGCGUUCCUUCUGAGUACAAUUUCAGAUCUCGUGCCCGGUAUUCAAAACCAUCUACCCAGAAAGAUGCUCUUAAGGGGAAGACCAAAGUCUCCAUCAGAAAGCCCGAUGUAUACAACACCAGGACUACUACUACUACAGACAUGCCGGCCUUCACUAGGCCCGAAAGCCCUCUCAUAUCCAAGGAAGAGCUUCUAGAAAAUUUCACCGAUUCCCUGAAUGACACCCGCACUGCGAUAAGGAGAGAUCUAGAACUAUCCCUCGUCCAGAAAGAAGAGGAGGUUUUAGAUCUCCUGAUGAAGAAAUACUCUUCUACUCAGCAAUACCUAGCACGAUCAUCAUCACGCGGAGAGAAGACACUCGCAAGAUCGAGACCAUCAGGACGAUCCCCUGAAUUAGUGAUGCCUUCUAGUGCGAAUCUGCAAAAUCUGCGCGAUGAGCUAGAGACCGAUCAACGUCAACUUGACGGUUUAUGGAAGGAAUGGGGUAAGACGCAGCAAAAGAUCGUCUCUCUAGGCGUGGAAGUUCUGGGACCAGCUCGCUUUAACAUACUCGAAGAUCAGCUUCGUGGUUCUUUUAAAAAGAAGUUUAAUUCUGCUAAAGCAUCACGUCAAGAAAGCGAAGGAGACAAAGAGGACUUGCAACGCGCUUUUCGUGAGGACGUUGAGAAAAUCAAGGACUUGAGCAAGAAAGCUAUAGCUAAGUCUAAGGCGAAAGCAAAGGCGUGGCGAGUUGAGAAACGGAAGUAUUGGGGGGUUAUGAAGGACCUCGCCCAGAAACUCGUCGCUCACUCUUAG